UCAGGUGGUGCCCAGUGACCAGGCAGAGUGGAUGGAUAAAAGGAGCAGGCUGGACACAUGCAGGUCGUCUCAGGGAUGGCAGUCUGGAUUCAAGACACUGGGAAUAAAGAUUACGAGAUUUUACAAAUAGCGACUUGUGCCUUAUAAGACUCAUAAUGUUACCCAAAAACUGAAAACAUGAACGAGGAUCUGUAAUAUCGCUGUUUUAGAACAGACUGACAGUAGUAAUGGAAGUCUUGUAUGGUUAUGGGAUCAGCAGUACGUUAUACCUGCAGAUGCAUUAUGGACAUGCCCAAAGCUGGUUUGCAUUAGUAUCUACAAUGGCUGACCUGCGUACAACAUUUUUAUACUUUUUUCCCAUUUGGUUUCAUCUACAAUCAGCAGUGGGAGUGAAGCUGGUCUGGGUUGCUGUUGUGGGAGACUGGCUCAACUUAGUCCUCAAGUGGCUUAUGUUUGGCGAGCGUCCUUAUUGGUGGGUUAAAGAAACUGUUUAUUAUGGCAACUUGACCGUGCCACAAAUCAAACAGUUCCCCAUGACAUGCGAGACCGGCCCUGGAAGUCCCUCCGGUCACGCGAUGGGAGCUGCAGGGGUUUACUAUGCCAUGCUCACAUCACUGCUGACCGUUUUGCAGGAAUGUGACCCCCUAAAAAGAUGGUGCUUGCAGGGUCUUCUUUGGGCCCUUUUCUGGGGUGUGCAGGUUUGUGUCAGUGUUUCUCGAGUCUUCAUUGCAGCUCAUUUCCCACAUCAAGUCAUUGCAGGAGUUGUUUCGGGAAUCGCUGUGGCCAAGGCUUUUAAUAGAGUGUCCUGGAUCUAUUCAGCAAGCUUGAAGAGUUAUGUGCACACCAUCCUCAGUCUUGUGUUUAUUGUGCUGGGGCUUUAUGCAUUGUUGGAUGCUGCUUCAAUAGACCCCUACUGGAGCUUAAUGAAGGCACAGAAGUGGUGCAUUCAGCCUGAAUGGGUCCAUCUGGACACCACACCUUUCGCUGGCCUCCUCCGCAACACCGGGGUCCUGUUCGGCCUAGGGCUGAGCCUCCAUUUGCCUAUUCAUGGUGAUCUGCAAAGAAACAGGAACUUUGGAAACAGCGCCGUUUACAGGCUGACCUGCACAGCAGCAACACUGCCACUUCUGAGCCUCUUAGACUCCUUCAGACCUCCCACAAGCACUCGAGCGCUCUUCUAUACACUGUCUUUCUGGAAGAGCGCCACUGUGCCUCUAACCACAAUAAGUUUUGUACCUUACUGCAUAAGCACAUUAGCAAAUGUAUACCACAGAAUGAAAGCAUAUUAAACUCGGAAAACACAUGCUGAGAUUUUAAGUCUGCCUUUAAGUCUAUAUUAGCCAUUUCCCUCACUUAGUUUGUUUUAAAAUCUUUCAAUGUAAGUAUUAUAAAAAAAAAAAAAAAAAAAAAAAAGAUUACUUGAUAUGUCUUGAUUUUAAUGUAUGCAAACUGAAUUAAGCAGAGAUAUCAUCAGGAAUAUUCAAUGUUGCAUGUGACCCUGGAGCACAAAACCCAUCUUAAGUCACUUUGUUAUAUUUGAAGCAAUAGCCAAAAAUAUAUUGUAUGGGUCACAAUUAUUGAAUUUUCUUUUAUUCCAAAAAUUAUUAGGAUAUUAAGGUAAAGAUCAUGUUCCAUGAAAAUAUUUUGUAAAAUUCCUUACGUAAAUAUAUAUAAACUACAUUUUUGAUUAAUUAACAAAAAUUUACACUGGUUUUGUGGUCCAGGGUCACAUAUAUAUAAUGUAAAAUAUUAUAUAGAGCAAUACAUAAUAUAAAUGUGUCAUGAUGAAAAGAGAUCAAAGAGCUAUAAUUAUAUAAUUUAGAUAUAUUUAUGCCGUGAUAUAUUUUUGUUUCAUCAUUUUUCUAAUUAUUUGUUUGUGUUUUUAUUAGUUUUUUGUUUGUUUGUUUGUUUGUGUUUUAUCAAACUUAUAAUAAACUGUUCAAUGACAGGUUUAGUUGUGACAACUUGCCCCAUAUAAUGUGACAACAUGCCCCUCUAUAAUAGACAAAUGCUGUCCAAUGUGCCUAAAGAGACACUGAUAA